ACUUUUGCAAUGACAAAUAUAUGGAAUGUAUUGGUAAUAUGACAUUCAUGGCUUAAUGUUGCACAGUGUAUAUGUUUAGUAUUAUGAAUGUGAAUUUUUAGUAAUAAUUUAGUAAUAAACACAGUGAUAUGUGGGUAAUUGUUUUGUGUGCUGAGACUCAGAUGGAUAGGCUAAUUUUGUCAUACUGGUCUGGAUUCAAAUCCAGGAUUUUGCAUAAAAACUUGUUUACCAACAGUUCCUUUACUGUUCUUUGUUCGUUAUCCGGUGGUACUUUGUCCCAAGGACAAACGCUUGAUCUUGAUUGAUCUCCCGUUUAAUGCUUGCAUUAAGCUAUCUAUGCCUUUACUGUAUUUAACCGAACUGGAUUAGGGAAUCGUUAGUGUAACCUACACGGUUCUUUGUUAGUAUUCAAUAAUUGGCUCUUAAUGCCUGCGGUUGGGUUUGAACUCGUAUUAAGACUGAUUGUGCCACGUCCUUCAAAUGGAGACGUGUGGUCAAGAAUAAACUGAAAGGGUGCAGAGGACGAGAUUAGAGCAGAUUAAAGUCUAGUAUUCGUCUGAAUUUGCGCGGACCAAGAGCGACUAGAACAGCGACAGUGAAACGACAGGAAGAGAGCUUUGGGCUACUAUUGGAAUUUGAGGAUGCCUUCCUGACCCUCGUUAUUUCUACAAAAUAAAUGUAAAUGUGGUGGGAAAGAACCGUCCAAUUGACAGAGUUUUAUGAUGGGGUUUUCUCCCAGCUGCGCUUCUUUGGUGACCGUUCAAUUGCACACAUGACGACUACCGGCCUCGGGUACAACCUAAACCGAACAGAAACGGAAGAGGAGUAAAGAACUUCCCUUCACAAUUUGGCGUGUCUGAUUGGCAUAAGCCAAAGGAGAUGCCGGACGGAGGUGCGACAACCGUGGAAAUCUCCUGCCAGGCCCUGUGUCGCACCUUGGUCACCAGUAACGGGAUUCAGCAAGAAGACGUGGACAUCUCUAAGUCGGUGCUGUAUACAUCUCUGAUGGGGCUACUCCUGGUCGCCGACAAAGAGAGUGAAGUCAGUCUAGAUCUUGGCAGCGGACAGGUUGGGCUUCUCAAUGUGGGAAACACAUGCUUCCUUAACUCUAUAGUGCAAUGUUUGUGCCACACUCAUGGUCUGAGAGAUUACUGCCUGACCAAGACCUACCAAAAGGAAAUGGGCUCCAGCAAAGAACCAAAAUUAAUGAACGCGUUCACCCAGGUGCUGGCAGACCUGUGGGACGCCAACGGAUCUGAUGCCCCUGUCAAUCCUGGACAGUUUUACAAUAUCUUCAAAGAAUCUGUGCCUUACUUUAGUGGCUACAGUCAGCAGGACGCGCAGGAGUUCCUCCGCUUUCUGCUGGAUCGGCUGCACUCUGAAAUCAACCGCUGCCCCCCUCACCUGUCCCCACGAACUGCCCCCCAGGACUACGGCUACGCAAAGAUCAGAAUGGAAGAGGAAGCAGAUAAGAUGUGGGCCAGAUACCUUGAAAGAGAUGAUAGCAAAAUUGUGGAUCUUUUCUCAGGUCAGCUACGCAGUUCCCUCCAUUGCUCUGUCUGCUCGCACUAUUCCACUACCUUUGAUGUCUUCUGUGACCUGUCACUGCCCAUUCCCAAGAAGAGUGUUUCUGGGGGCAUUGUUUCACUGAAGGACUGCCUUGAGCUCUUCUCCCAAGAAGAAAAUCUUGAUAAGGAGGAUGCACCCAUGUGUGAGAGGUGUGGCAGAUGCACAGAGAGCACCAAGAGGUUGACCAUUCAGAGGUUUCCACGAGUCAUUGUCCUGCACCUGAACCGUUUCACCACGUCGAGGUACUCCAUCUGCAAAAGUACCGCAGCUGUGUCCUUCCCUCUGACACGGCUGGACCUGGGCCCCUACGGACCAGUGGGCACUGGUAAUGAUGUCAUUGACCAGUCCUGUAUAACCUGUAUGCGGUAUGUAACCACUCCGGCACCGUCAAUAUGGGUCACUACACUGCCUACUGUCUGGAGAAGUCUGACUGGUACUGCUACAAUGACUCCAGGGUCACGCCCAUCUCUGAAUCCCAUCUCCAGUCCAAUCAGGCCUAUGUACUUUUUUAUCAGCUGGACGCCAGCAACUGCAGCGCACUGAGAAAGUGAUCACCUCUGUAGGAUUUGAAUGCGGACACAUCACCUGGACAACACCAUGCAGUUCCAGGAAAAACUUCUGCAAUAAAUUGAAUGUGAGAUGGAUAGGUGCACUAGUGAGUGGAUAGAACCAGCUCUAUUACAGGUCCCUGUCUAAGAUAUGUGAGUGGGUCCUUGGUGCAGGUAGAGAGAAAUGGAAGACAAAAAAUGGAUGGAAAUGUGUGAAAAAAUGUCAAUGAGAGGUGGAAUAAGGAGAAGAGGCUGAGAGUAUGUGAAAAUGAAAUAAAGUACAGAGAGAAUACAAUGAAUGGGGAGAGAUAGAAGGAGAAAGGAAUGUGAACUGAAAAGUGACAUUCAAGACGGAGUGGACUGACCUGACAAAACUCCAAGAAUAUUGGUUAAACCUCAUUCUGAAUGACACUAUAACUGUCUGAAGACUGGUUUGGAGCAAACUCACUAAAACUGGAGAGCAUUUGUGUUUUUGCGAAAGUAGAGAAAAUAGCAUUCUAAGGGUGGUGUAUUCAGCGAAAGCACUGUUUCUCAGUGGAGCAAUGUGCCCCACAGCUGGAACUGAACCCUGACACUGCCACUGCUGAAUGUACUGUAACAGGAGAUGCACAGCACAACAUAUAAUUGGAUUAAACGUCACCUGGUUGCCUGUAUGAGCUGUGCAUGAAGCACAGUAGUUCCUCCAGUGCAACUAAGCUGCUCAGGCUGAUGAAUUGUGCAGGGAAAAGAGAUGGCAGCUGGUAGAACAUUCUUUACAGGACAGAUGCUAGUGUGUGGCCUCCUGAAAUUGACAGAAUGUAUAGUUAUAGUAAUGGAACAAUCAGGAUAGAGUAUUCCAUGUUACAGACUAAAAUAUAAAAUGUAAGAAUAAAGAAAAUAGUACCAACCUAA